GAGCCGGAGGGAGAUUGAGGAAGCCAUUGUCUGAAGUGUGGGAGCCUGAGGGAGGUUGAGGAGGCGCGUGUGUUGUGUUGUUGCUUAACAACCUCUGCGUUUGCAGCGCCAGCUCUCCACAUCUUCUCCCAAACAAAGUCUUUCUCCAUUUCCAUGUCCAGAGAGCAGCAUAGUCAGUCUUGUGUUAUUGAUAAGAGCUUCAUCUGAUAACUGCUUCUUUCCUGCCAAGAGCUGUUCAUCAACUGCUGAUUCUGGUUUGGGAAAAUAUGAAUGUCAACAUCAGCAACUUUAUGGAGGAGAGAAGGGCGAACACAGAAGAGGAAGCACCGUACAUGGAGAUGAAGACAAGUUUUGGUAACAAGGAGAACAUCAAACCUGCUAACAAAACACAACCCAAACAGACCAAAGAAGAGAGUUUUGGACUCAGUUUACCUCUGGGAGAGGAAUAUGAACGAAAAAAGCAGAAGUUAAAGCAAGAGCUACGACUUGAUUACCGGCGCUUUGUGUCUGAGAAAAAAAAUCAAAUGAUUGCUGAUCCACUUCCACAGUCCCACAUGCUGUCUCUCCCCAUAAAAGAACGGAGAUCAGCGAAGGAAAAGCUGCAAGAUGAGAGAAACAAGGAGUAUAAUCUGUUUCUCCGAGGGCAAGAGGGAGCACAGAAAAUAGGGAAAACUUCAAGUACUCCACAGGCCCUGGAGAGAGAUGGUUUUGGCUCUAUUACUCCAAAGUACCCAGCUGAUUCUCCAGAGGUACGAGUGCAAAGGGGCAUUCAGGGCCCAGAGAACAUUGUGUUCUCAAGGAGGGAUGUUGCCACUCUAACUGAGCCCACUUCCGGAGUGCCUAAGGUAUCAAGGCCACGGAGACAGUGGGUAGAGACGCCAGAUCGCUGGGAAGGCCCUCACCGAGAUCACACCAGUUCUGAUGAGGAGAUAGAACUCCUAGAGAAGGAAAGGCUUAGAAACAUACAGGAAGACACUGGUGCAAACAGGAGAGGAGGAAAAGACAGCUCACACAGUCUACAAGCACCGACUCGAGCGCAACACAGAUCUGUAAGCGAGCAGAACAUGACAGAGUUUGCUACUGGACUCAUGAUUGGUGCUGCUGAAGGGGACGAGGCCUCUAAGAGCAGGAAGCAACGCUACAAACUUGAGCUGCUACAGCAAAUAGCCGAAAAAGAGAUGAACAAAAGAAAGGAAAAGGAGCUUGAGUUGAGAGUGGCUGCAACAGGCGCUGUUGAUCCUGAAAAAAAGGCAGACCGAAUCAGACAAUUUGGUGCCAUGACCCAGGAAUACGAGGACAGGAGAAGGGAUGUGCCUUACCAACCAGGGCUGGGUCUUGGGGUCUUCGGGGCCGACUCUGCUAGGCGGCUCAAAGAAGAGAAACUUCCACAAGCACCAAGAGAGAGAGCACCUCCCGAGAGACCUCGCGUUGCUUUCCAGUCCCCGUCUCUGGACCACAGCACUGUCUUAAGCCGACUGGCUAACACAUCAGGCCUUGGUCUGGAGGCUCGAGCAGGGUUUGGGGCCAAUGGUGCAACCACUGUUACUGAAGACAAACACAGAAGCCUCUCAAGAACCCUGGGGGAGAUAGUUGGCCCAAGAAUUACAGGUGUGCAUCCUCCUUUGGGUCCCUCCAUCCCUGACUCCUAUCAAACGCCUUAUGAUAAUGCAUAUUACUAUUAUGGAGCCAGAAAUCCUCUAGACCCCAAUCUGGCCUACUAUGGACCAGCAGGGGGACAACACUCACACAUCCCUCCAGAAGCACAUUGGCCCGUUCUGCAGCCUCCCUCUGGAGGCCUUACACAACCGAUCAGCCAUGCUGGAGUUGUUCCCUCAGAACCAGCGUUCUUUUCUUCCAAGAGGCUGCAGCAGCCCAAGGAAAGUGCGGGUAGCUAUCAGGAAGCCCUUAAGCAGCAGAUUCAAGAACGACAGCAGAGACGGUAUCAUGAGAAGCUGGAAAAAGAGCUGUAUGACGCCAAAAUAGAGGCUGAGAUGAAGGCUUACGAGCCCUGGGGACGAGCAGGAGGAGGAGCCCCUCUUAGAGACGAUCAUGGAAAUCUCAUCAGUGAUUUGAAACAAAUGCAUAAAUCAAAUGUGGACGCUUAUGAUUCCGGAGGCAGAGUAGCCCAGAUUCCAGUGGCUACUAAGACAGAAACUUCACCUAAUGCAUCAAAGCCUGCAGGUCUUUCCUCUUCUCAGCCACCUGUACAAGCACGGGGUAAACUUUUCAACGAACUGCCCACUCCACAACAGCUCCAUGACCAGGAAUUGUACAAGGAUUGUUUGAAACAACAGAUCGAGGCAAAGAGGAGAAAAGAGGCAGAAGAGAGGGAGCAGAGCCGGCUCGAGGACGAGAAAGAAGAGAGGCGGCUUGCCGAACAGCGAGCUCGGAUCGAAAGAGAGUAUGAGGAAGAGCAGGAGAGGAAACGUCAGAAAGAGAAAGAGCAUAUAGCCAAAAAUGGGGAGUUGAUCAGGCAAGCCGAAGAGCGCCGUAAAGAGGCUGAAAAACUGAAGAAAGAAGAGGAGGAGAAAGAGAACGAAGCCCUGAGGAAGAGACACGAUAGAGAGAAGCAGACACAUCUGAAGGAGGUCCACAGGGCACCGUCACCACCCCUACCAGCCUUGCAGAAGAUACAACGUAAGCAGAUUCCUAGACCUCCGUCGGCGGAGAGCCACCGCUCUUCUGCAACUGUGUCUAUGCGCUCGAUGUCAGCACCACAUUCUCCCCCGGUGCCUGCCCGCAGGAACGAGAUCAGGGCCACAGAAGAAAAGCAGACGGUGAUCAGGGAGUUAUCAGCCUUGCGUAGGCAGCUGCGGAGCGAACAGAGACGUCUGGAGGGACAGUUAAUGCAGUCCAACGAAAACGACCACAUCCCUCCCGUUCAUGGCAGGCCAAGAGAACUUCUCCGGGAGGAUGGUUUUGAAGUGGCAAGACUACGCAGACAAGUACCCAGCAGGAGGCCGGCUUCCCACACCACUGCAGCAACCAACAUGCACAACCUACAAGAUUUUAAUCAUCUGAAGUACAGAGAAGGUGCAUCCCGUGAGGAGGUGCGGCAGGCGUAUCCAGACCCCCCCAGUGAUGAUCACAGUCUAGAUAUCCAGCAACAGGCUCUGUUACGACACCAGCAACGAACCAUCAACAGCCUGAGGAGGGGCAAAGCUGCUGAUUACUUUGAUGUGGUGUCUUCAGGACAGCAGCAUCAUAAGCAGAGGCUGAAUUCUGCAGAGGACCAAGGCAGACGCUUGCUGUUAGACUCAGAGAGCGCCUUUAUUGACCCCAGUGGCGAUUCAUUCCGUCUCCAAUCCAGGCGUGACCAGAGAGCGAGACCGGCAGUUAGGAAGGCAGACAUCUCUGGUGAUGUGGUAAACAGGUACACCCGACCUGACAGCGGUCCUGACAGCCAGUCCCUGCACUCGCUAACCAGCGCAGAAAUAGAGCGGCUGAGGGAGCGCACAAAGAACAAGAUGACAUCACUGAGCAACAUGAGAGAACACGAUUGGAGAUCAGGGGAAGUGUCAGCUGAGGAAGGGGAGGAGCUAUGGCCACAGACUCCUUCAACCAAUCGGCGUGUUUCCAUUGACACCAUUGCCACAGAGCCCUGGUUACGUCCUAGUUCCUCAGAUACGCUGAAGAGAUUCAUGGGCGGUCGCAGGCCAUCCAGCCGAAACCAUGCAGGCCAGGAUUGGGAAGGGCCGUCCACUUAUCAUGGUUAAAUCUCAUUCUGAAUUCUUAACCAGUUUUGUAACUUUGUAUAGCUAUUUUAUACGUUUAUUCAAACGUGUACACAUGAUGCUCAAGAUGAAUGUUUACAAUUUAUCAGUCAAGUUUCUUUUGUUUCCUCUUUGUUUGUAAAUUGUUGUGAAAUGAAAUAUUACACUUAGGAAGUUUUGGAACACUUCCUGUAGCAUUAAGAGUCUGUUUUUGGAGCAUUAAUCAAGUCUGUUCCCUCCAGCCAGAGAGUGCAGUCUGGGAGAAAUUCACUUUUACUGUGACAGUGUAUGAAUGUGUAAACGGCAUGAAUUCUGUUUGUUUGUCAGGUAAGAGAUCGGUACUUCCAAUGUUGCAAUUUGUGUUUCAUUUUUAAUGAUAACUUUACAGAAGAUGAAUUGUAGGUAUAUGAGGUUAUGCAAGCAUAUGCAAACUGUAUACUUGAAAAUUGAAGGUAAUGUAAUUGAGUCUAUUGACUCUUAAUAAAUAAAAUAUUUUAAGAAUUUUUAAA